CCGCGCAGUUAGACUUACGAUAUUACUAUGUGUGUUAUAAUAGCGCAAUGUUGGACAUCGGCGGGCAGAGGGAGAAGAGGGGAGGAAAAGCCUGUUUACACAGACGGCAAACCGCCUGGGGAAUAAUGCGGGAGAGGAAGUGAGCCGGCUCUGUCUGCUUGCUCCAACUUCCUGCUGUGAAGAAGAAGAAAAAAAAUCAAGAUCCCAUUACAGUUCCACCGAGCAGUUUAGACGACAGUAAGCAUGGAAAAUCGGAGGAUUUUAAUAAAUUCUUAUUAAAACUAUCCGGAAGAAAAUCACACUUUAGACGCCUGGGCAUGGAGAGCGCAAUCACUCUCUGGCAGUUCCUGCUGCAGCUGCUUUUGGACCAGAGCCACAAGCACCUGAUCUGCUGGACCUCCAACGAUGGCGAAUUCAAGCUGCUGAAGUCCGAGGAGGUGGCCAAGCUGUGGGGCCUCCGCAAAAACAAGACCAACAUGAACUACGACAAGCUCAGCAGAGCCUUGCGCUACUACUAUGACAAGAACAUCAUCAAGAAGGUGAUUGGACAGAAGUUCGUGUACAAGUUUGUGUCAUUUCCAGACAUCCUGAAGAUGGACCCCCAGGCCGUGGAGAUGGGGAGGGAUGGGGGCGGGGCCAUGCUCCAGGAGGCAGAGUCUCUGGGGCAUGAGGGCGAGGAGGACUCCUCGAAGGGGCCCCUGUCGGCCCUGCGGGCCUCCGCCUGCCGCAACGACUACAUCCACUCCGGCCUGUACUCAUCCUUCACCGUCAGCUCCCUGCGGAACCAGCAGCAGCUGCUCCGUGCCAUCAAGGUGGAGAAGCAGCGGGUGGAGCAGGCGGAGGACGAGGCGCGGACCGUCAUCCGCUUCGUGGCCAACCGCUCGGAGAAGGCCGGGGCGCCGCCAGUGGUGUCCCUGCCGUCCUCGCCGCCGGCCUCAUCGUCUGCUGAGGUUUUUUUCGCCUCCAGGCCCUCCCCCUCCCCCCGGCGCUCCUCCUCCUCCUGCUCCCCCUCCCCCUGCAGCCCCUCCUUUGUGCCCGGGCGGGGGCGGGGCCCUGAGGAGGAGGCGGACGACUCAGAGCAGUGUGCCCAGCCCCUGAACCUGUCGGCGGGCCACAGGGACCGCCUUUCAGGCCCGCCUGAGAAGAGGGCCGCUAGCAGUGGACCCCCGGCGAAGGCCAAGAAGCCCAAGGGCCUGGAAAUCUCCGCCCCCUCCCUGCUGCUGUCCGCCAGUGACAUCGGUUCCAUUGCCCUCAACAGCCCUGCACUGCCCUCCGGGUCCCUGACCCCCGCCUUUUUCACUGCACAGACUCCCUCAGGGCUGCUGCUGGCCCCCAGCCCGCUGUUGUCCGGGAUACACUUCUGGAGCAGUUUGAGUCCGGUUGCCCCCCUGAGCCCCGCCCGCCUGCAGGGACACAGUUCCCUAUUCCAGUUUCCCACCCUACUCAACGGACACAUUCCUGUCCCCAUCCCAAACCUGGACGGGGCGACGUCCCCCCUGCUGCUGUCCUCCAGCGCCCAGAAGUCCUGAUUCCGGUCCUUGAACCCCAGGAGGAGGGGGAAAGGGGGGGUGGCCUGAUUUUCAUCGUCGCGCUAAACUGGACCUCUGCGUUUCGCCAUCAUCACCAACAUCCAAAAGACAGCGGCGGGCAUUUUUUAAAAAUAUCAUUUCAGUCAGAAACCCCCUGAACAGCCUCUGGUGCUGCAGGUCUGAAGUGAGACGUACAGUGGUUGUAAAUACAGUGAUGUUGCUUUUUUAUUUUAGAUCAUUUUUAUGCAGGAUUUUCAAAACAAUGUUACUCAUCUCAAGACCCCCACCCACCUACUCAAGUUCAGAGUGUUAAACAUGGCCAGCACACUUUCUGUUCUGGGGUUUCCCCGGUCCUGAGGUUUGUCUAAAGGGAGUUUUAACAUGGCAGAAAAUGUAGUCUUUGUAUUCCUGGAUGGCUGUAGAAGAGGAAAGUAUGUUUGCUGGUAAAUUCACCUGCGCUUCACAUACACACACGUCACUCGGCACAACGUACCUCAACGGCAGGGCAGCCAUUACACAGUGUAACCUUGACAACCAGAAAAUUCCACACCAACUCUUUCAAAAGAGUUUAAAAUGUCAAGUACCAGGCAGAAAAUACUGGGAUGCUGAUGUCAGGCACAAAUUUAAAAGUGUGGGUUCAUGUUUUUCCUUUGCAGGAUAAUGUUCUCCUGUUUUUUUUCUUUUAUUUUUUAUACAUGAUCCAUGUUAUGUGUUUUGGUGUCUUUCAUUGAGUGUGAUCCUCGUUAUGGCAGGAGAACCCUCAGCAAACCCUCAGUGGGUCACCGAUUUCACAUUGUUUUUGUUCUGGUUUUAUAAUUUCAUCACAGGCUGUGAAUCUGGUCAUGUCUUCAGUGUUGUGUAUUGUAUUGUAUUAUAUUGUAUUGUAUGCACUGUGCUUUAAAGCUAGUACCGGCUGUGCCUUCCAAAUGUAAGAACUAUGUAUAUGUAUUAUUUUCCAGCUUUAAGAAAAGGAAAAAAACAUCUUUUAAAGA